AUGGCGCCUCUCGCUGAAGUUUGUGCGCCGACAUCACUAAAUCUUGAUGAGACUUCUAUUGUGAAGCAGAAGAAAAUGAUGGAAUUACAUGAGACGCAGAAGGUGUUGGAACCACAGUGCGAAGCUGCUUGCGAGGCAGACAAUAACGAGAAGAGUUUUGCUUCCAAGGCCUUUACCCUCACUACGCAACGAGAUACUGAGACUGUUGAGAUUCAAGAGUCUCAAAAGAAGCACGUGCGUUUUGAUGUUGCCGAUGUAGUUGAGUUUGAACCUACCUUGUGGACUGCUACAGUCUCGUCAGAAGGCGUUCCGCUUGGUAUGUCUGUAGACGUACGCUGUCGAACUAAGCGCUUAAUAGACUUAUAUGAAAACGAGCGUGUAUUGCUGCGCGUAGACCGACAAGUGUAUAUGGAUUUGGGAUACUUGGAACCAGAAGAGAGAUUAGAAAUUUUGGAAAAUGCAGGCCAUUCUAUCUCAAUUAUCAGUCAUGUCGAGCGUGAGACGCUUCGUAUUAAUCGUGGACGUUGGGAAUCAAAUGAAUACGAUCUCAUGUACCAAUACGGAUUGGGUGAUGUGCCAUUGAUGAUGGACAAUGAUAUGGAAAUGGUGCAACAAGAUGAUGGUGACGAGAUCAUGCAUGCUGACGAUUGCAAUGAUCUUGAUUUCAUUUAUGGUGCUGGUGUCCGAAAUAUUAUUAUGGACUCGGAAGUGCGCUUUGUCAUGGAGGACUUGGACGCAUAUGAUUUCAUAAACACACGUACUUAUGAAGAUUUGAGUGUUGCUUACACCUCCGACUGUAUACUUGGUGAUAAUGAGAGUUCGGAUGAGUACAACGAACUGCCGUACGACAUUGACUCGUUUGAUUGUCCUCUCAGCUGCGAAUCAUUAGAAAUGGGCUCGUCGCCUUCCGACGUGUCGAGUACCUCUGACUGCAUGCUUUUGACUACGACAGCCGCAAGCUACGCUUUAUAUGCUUCUUCCAAACCUACUGUCAGCAAUACAAAAGAAGUUAUUGCUUCAGUAGAGGCCAAAUUUGUCGCUGCUACAUAA